CCCCCUCUCCCCCGGGCCGCGCCCCGGGGCCCCGCACUGACGGCCCAUGGCGCCGCCCGCCGCCCGCCUCGCCCUGCUCUCCGCCGCCGCGCUCACGCUGGCCGCCCGGCCCGCGCCCAGCCCCGGCCUCGGCCCCGGACCCGAAUGUUUCACAGCCAACGGUGCAGAUUACAGAGGAACGCAGAACUGGACAGCACCACAAGACGGGAAGCCAUGUCUGUUCUGGAACGAGACUUUCCAGCAUCCGUACAACACUCUGAAAUACCCCAACGGGGAGGGGGGCCUGGGUGAGCAUAACUACUGCAGAAACCCAGAUGGUGACGUGAGCCCCUGGUGCUACGUGGCGGAGCACGAGGACGGCGUCUACUGGAAGUACUGCGAGAUUCCUGCCUGCCAGAUGCCUGGAAACCUUGGCUGCUACAAGGAUCAUGGAAACCCACCUCCUCUAACUGGUGCCAGUAAAACGUCUAACAAACUUACCAUACAAACCUGCAUCAGCUUUUGUCGGAGUCAGAGGUUCAAGUUUGCCGGGAUGGAAUCAGGCUAUGCUUGCUUCUGUGGAAACAAUCCUGAUUACUGGAAGUACGGGGAGGCAGCCAGUACUGAGUGCAACAGCGUCUGCUUCGGGGAUCACACCCAGCCCUGUGGGGGCGAUGGCAGGAUCAUCCUCUUUGACACUCUGGUCGGCGCCUGCGGUGGGAAUUACUCGGCUAUGACGUCUGUGGUCUAUUCCCCUGACUUUCCUGACACCUAUGCCACAGGGAGGGUCUGCUACUGGACCAUCCGCGUCCCAGGUGCCUCCCACAUCCACUUCAACUUCACCUUGUUCGACAUCAGGGAUUCUGCGGACAUGGUAGAGCUACUGGACGGUUACACCCACCGAGUCCUAGUCCGUUUCAAUGGAAGGAACCGCCCACCUCUGUCCUUUAAUGUCUCUCUGGAUUUUGUCAUCUUGUAUUUCUUCUCUGACCGCAUCAAUCAGGCCCAGGGAUUUGCUGUCUUGUACCAAGCCGUCAAGGAAGAACCGCCACAGGAGAGGCCCACUGCCAACCAGACAGUGGCUGAGGUGAUCACCGAGCAGGCCAACUUCAGUGUCAGCGCUGCCUGGUCCUCCAAAGUCCUCUACGUCAUCACCACCAGCCCCAGCCACCCACCCCAGGCCGUCCCAGGAUGGACGGUGUAUGGCCUGGCAACACUCCUCAUCCUCACCGUCACAGCUAUCAUAGCAAAGAUACUUCUGCACCUCACGUCCAAAUCCCAUAGCGUUCCUGCUUCAGGGGACCUUAGGGAUUGUCAUCAACCAGGGACAUCGGGAGAAAUCUGGAGCAUUUUUUAUAAGCCUUCUACUUCGAUUUCCAUCUUUAAGAAGAAGCUCAAGGGUCAGAGUCAACAGGAUGACCGUAACCUUCUUGUGAGUGACUAAAAGCCUCCACCCCGUGCCCAGGACACAGGAUCUGUCUGUGCUCAUGGCCGCUGGGGACCACCUGUCCCACGGAGCCUGGAUUACACCUGCUUCAUCGCUGCACUUAGGAGAGAGACUCGAGGCCCUGAGGCCCGUGCCUCCCUCAUCUCUCUCUCUAAUCUGGGAAUGGGGGUGUCGGGACAGUGGGGCUGAGAUGGCAGAUGGCUGUGUCCUGCACUGGGCUCAGGUACAUUCUAAAUGACUAUCAGGUAGUGGGUAGGUAGUGCUUCUUCUCUGUUUUGUCCACAUAGAUCACUUUCUCCUGGUUUUUGUGGCUCAAAACACGGCCAGAGAAUUCUGAGGCUCUCCCAAGCUUGGCCUGGUCCUGGGCAUUAGUCCUCCAAAGCAUUACGGAGACCCAUGCUCUGUGCUGACUCUGGGGUUUUGCUCUCUGGGCUCUGGACAAGGAUGGGCCUCUUCCAACCUGGGAGGGCCUGGGAAGUGGGUCUGGGGAUCCCCAUUCACAUCAAACCUGAUACCUUCACAACAUAGGCUUCUUCCCACAGCUCAGUGACCAGCAGAGCAAAUUUGAGGGCUGAUUAGAGAAUAUAUCCAUUCACUCAUUCAUGCCGCAGACUUUACUGAAAGUUUUUCUAGGCCCUCAGAAGCUCCUUACUGGGCUGGUUUGCUGGCCUUGCCCCAGCAGCUCAAGGGUCCUAUGGACCCUGAGCUGGCCCCAUCUCCAUGGUUCUCUAGGCUAACUCUCAGUUCAGAACAGAGAGUAUAAACAUGGUUUAGCAUCCUGGCAGCAUCGUGUGAGAUGGGCCAUCAGUCCCUCAUGUUAAAAGAGGCUACCCCAUGGCCUCUGCUCUCUGUGGCCUCUGUGCCCCUGUUUUUGGGGACAGAGUGGGUUUUGGAAUGGCUCGGCAGCUAGGAAGGAGGGGGCUCCUGUCCCUGCUCCCACACCACCCUGCCUUCAGAUGGGGAGGGAACUGCAGAGAGCAGCGUGCAGAGUAUGGAGGGAGGCUUUGGGAACUGGAGACCCCGAAGAAAGUCCUCCUAAGAUUGAGAGCUGCAGCUGCUGUGGCCACAAGCGGUGGGAGUCAGACCGUCUCCAGGCCAGAAGUCCCGCCAUCUGAAAGCAGGCCUUGUCACCAACACCCAGGAAGAGGGUCUGGGGGCCUCUCCCACAGGCACUGGGGCCUCACGGUUCCCUCUUUGGGGUACUUCGCCCACCUCCCUGAGCCCGAGCUUCUGCCUGCCACUGCCUUCCCUUCUGCCCUGAUGGCAGCCAUCUGCCUGGCUCCCAGAAAGACAGAGGGCCAAGUGGGAGCAGCUGGGAGGUGGCCUCAGCAGCCAGGAAAGAUUUGGGGAGCUGGAGGGCAGAGGGCAUUUGGGCGGGGGUGUGUGUGCAGCAUGUCCCCAGGAGGGCGAGCCGCAGGCUCAAAGCUGCAUGGGGCUGUCUCCAGGCUUUGAUCUGGAAAGGGCGAUUACCCUGAGCAGCUGUCUGCCGGCCCCUGGGUCUGCAGACAGGCCUGUCGCAUACAGGGACCACUGGAAUGAAUACACUGACGUGUGCAGUCUGCCCUUCAGCUAUUCCUGGCUUUUAUGGAAUCUCCUCUCAAGCACAAGUGUCAGGUGUGUGCAGUCACAAAGGUCCCUGUGCUGUGAAUAGGUCUGUGCACAGCGCUAAGGGAAUGUGGAAUUCCGCCUCGGGGGUGGGAGGUGGGGUGUGGAGGUGGGGGUUGGGCCUGGCCGAGGGGCAGUUUCUCAGCAGCCGUGGGCUUGCUCUGACUAACGAUCCUUUGGUGCGUCCCAUGGGCCCACCUGCCCUCCUCACACUUCGGGUCAUGUGUUGUCUGAGCAGCUGCAACAGCUCUUUCUCAGAGGUCCCAGAAGUGCUCUGACCCAGUGCUCUCCUUCCUGCACAGCCCAGUGCCCCUGGAUCCACUUACUGUCCCAGGAGCAGCCCUGGGAAACCCAUACCAGCCUUAGGACAGUGUCGGGGGAGAGGGUCAUAAAUUGCCCCAGGCUAACCUCUGUGAGCAGUCUGGCUAUGGCCUUGGCUGGAACCUGUCAGCCAUACCCCCAGAGGGCUGCCUGCAACCAAGUAAACACCCAAGACAUUUGUGUCCCAGAAGAGAGGGUGUGUACACCCAGGAGCAGUGGAGGAGGAGGAGGAGGUGUUUGAUCCUCUAAGAAGCUACUUUAGAGGAGAUAAAGUGGGGGGUGGAGGUGAUGGGAAAGGGUGACACUGAGAAACGUACAUCACAGACCAUACCUGGGUAAGAGGAAGGAGGUGGGCUUCAGGGACCACCAUGGAUGGGGCUGUAAAAGUAUCCUGCCCAGAGCCUCUUCCCUGGGUGACAGCGCAGGAGGCUACAGCCUGCUGCUGGGACACAAGCUCUGCCUCCUCUCCCAUCAGCCGUGAGCCUGGUCCCUUGGUGCCUCCAGAAGGUGCUCGGUGCCCAUGUAGUUCCCUGAGUGCACAGUCGCUUACAGAGCAGAGGGGGAGGAGGGGUAGUGAACCGCGGGUGCCCUCCCCACCCUGUGUCAGAACAGAGUUGAGGCCCCUCUUUGGGCCUGAGCAAGGUAACCAGGUUUCUGUAACUUCUGAAGUAUGCGCUCUGGCUCAAGCUUCCAAUAGAUCAGAAACCCACAAAGAUCAAAGCACCUAGCAUGCACAGCUGUCCUGGCUCUUUGGCCAGACCCAUGGGGCGCACUGGGCACAACUCCACCCUCACUUCCCAUUGUCAGCCCAAGGCAGGGGUCAGCCUGACCUGCUCGGUGUCCGGCCAGGUCAUCCUGACACCAGCAGGACAUGCAGCCCGUCACCAAGCCAGCAUGCCCUCUGGGCACUUAACCUUUUCAAGCACUUACAGGUGGACGGCCUCUGAGGCCCCCGCGCCUCCCACAGAGCCGGACCAGCUCCCCUCCACAACCCAGGGAACUGCUGCCCCCUUGGGUUUCUUAUCUCCUCUUUGCUGUUUGAUGUCUGCUUUCGCUACCAUCUUGGGACUGUUUAACCUUUUGAUUAUUUCCUCUGGUGUCUUUGUUUACCCUCCUCACUGUUCUACCUCCUGGCCAGGUCUCUCAUCGUAGCUGCCCUGGCAUGGGGUGUUUUCCAGACCUUCCAGCCACAGCUGCCUCCCCUCAUGCUGGCUGGCUCGGGGGAGGGGGCCCAGCUCACAGCUUCCUGUCUUGCCAAGUUGCACAUACUCAGCGAGGCAGCAGUGGAGUGUGGAGGACAGGCGGGGUAACCCCUCUUCAGAAAGGACGCAGCUGCAGGAGCACACAGUGGGGGGCAGGCGCCACAGGGGCCACACAGCAUCAGGUCCUGCCCAUGGCCAGACUCACCUUCUCGUGGGGACCCUGACUUUGGAUGACAAGGCUUUAUCUGUAAAUAUGCUCUUAAUAUGCAACUUUGAGAAUAAAAUAGAAACAUCGUGUAUUUUAAAAUAUAA